AUGGAGGACGACGAGCGCCUCCGCACGGAGGUGUACGUAUCAUCGAAGCCGCGCGCGUCGCGCCUGCCGCCGCCGCGGAACGCGAAGCCGGGCGGCCGAACCGAGCCGGCGCCGCGCGCGCCGCAGUCCUACCUGGACGAGAGCGAGAAGAAGGACAAGAAGGACCGCAUCAGCGGCUACGACUUCCGGUCCUGGGACACCUUCGACGUCGACGCCGAGUGCUCCAAGGUCGACGAGGCCGACAAAACGAAGGAGGCCGCGCGGAAGCGGGCCGCCGAGGACCGGAAGCGGGCGGAGGAGGCCAAGGCGCGGCGGUCCCUGGCGGAUUUAAAGGGCGCGGCGGACGCGCUCGGCGUCGACGACCUCGCGCCCGCGGAGCGCGCCUUCCUCGCCGCGCGCGAGAAGCACAAGGGCAACGAGGCCUACAAGGCGGGCGAGUCGCGCGACGCCUACGACGCGUACACGCGGUCCCUGGCCUACGACGGCGCCAACGCCGUCGUCUUCGCGAACCGCGCCAUGGCGUCGAUCCGCCUCGGGCUGCUCGAGCGCGCCGAGGACGACUGCACGUGCGCGCUGAAGAUCGACCCGGACUACGCGAAGGCGCGGCAGCGCCGCGGCAUGACGCGCCACAAGCGCGGCAAGUACGCCGCGGCCAUCGAGGACCUCGAGCGCGCCUGCGCCGAGGACCCGACCAACGAGCCGCUGCGGAAGCUGCUCAAGCAGUCCUGCGACAAGUACGAGGACGUCGAGGGCCAGAAGGCGCAGCUCAAGCGCGACGCGGCGCCCGCGCCCUUCGUCGCCGUCGCCAUCGACGACGACGACGACGAGAGCGACGACGACGGCGCGGCGCCCGCGGCGGCGAAGCCC